CUUCGAGGGCCUUUCACAGAAAGAAAGAAAGAAAAAGAAGACAAGAAGCGUGCAUGAAAGAAGUUUGAAAACGAGGGCCACUUGAGUUUGGUGUCGUCGGCGUGCGCCGGCAUGGAGGAGGCGGAGCCAAGCCGCUACGUGGCCCAGCUGAAGGCGGAGUUCGACAGCUGCGACGCGACGUCCUCGGGCUUCCUGGGCCCGCGGGAAGUGACGGCGCCGUGCGGGAAGUUGCAUCUCGACGUUGAACUGCCGCUCGUGCUCGACUCGCUGCUUGGGGGAGGAGCUUACGCGAGGGUGGACUUUGAGGCGUUCAAGGACAACUUUGUGGACGUUUUGUCUCGCUCGCUGGACUCGACGGCAGACGAUGACAGCGGAUACCUGCAGCCAGUUGUUGCGGACGAAGUGAAGCCGAAGUUCGUGAAGGGCGGGAAACGUUACGGCCGCCGCUCGCGUCCUGACAUUAAGCCGCCCCGACCGUCGGACGACUCGCCGCCGCCGCGCACGGGCGAUACCGCACGGUCGUCACCGGGGGGGGCACGCGGGCCCAAAGCGCGCCGAUCCACGUGCCCGGACAUCGUGGAGACGCCGCCGGAGGACGGGCCGACGACGGUCACGGCGGGUCCCGGAGUCCUCGGCCGGCUGGACGACGGCUCGGGACGCGCCAGCCCCGAGAGAGUCGUCGCCCUGUGGGCCGAGGAGGGCGUCCGCGACGGUCGGGACGUCCUGCAGACGCUGGACUUCCCCGCGGAGGAGCGCGUGAGUUUGCGUGAGCUGACGUCGGCCCUGGACAACGAACUCACGGUCAGCGGGAACCGAAUCCACCGGGUGGCGCUCAUCUGCUACAAGAAUGAAAUCCGCCACCUGCGGGCGCGGGCGGAGGAGGCGCGCGGCGAGCGGGACAAAGCCGGGGCCGACCUGGAACGGGCGGAGCGCAGGAACCUUCGGCUGGUGCGCGAGGCGGACGAGCGGCACGCCGGCAUGGAGGAGCUGAACCGGACCGCGAUCAGAAAGCUGGAGCGGGACUUCCGGGAGCGUCUGGCGGCGCAGCGCGGGCAAGCGGAGCUGGAGAGCGCCGACGCCGUGCAGCGGCUGGAACAGGAACGCCAAAAGCUGCAGCAGCAACUGAGGAUGCUCAGGGCGCAGGAGGCGGGGCUACAGGAGGAGCUCAGCGGCGCCGCGCAGGAGAACCGACGUCUGCGGGAGGAGCUCGUCGACGCGAAGCGCAGGUUCAACGAGGCGGAAAGCGGCGCCCGACGUUUGCACGCCGACUUUAACCGGCUGCUGCACCACAAGUUGAGCAGCUCGGACGCCGUCGACAGCGCCGAAGACAAACUGGCACGCCUCCUCCGAGACUACGAGCACCAGUGCGGAGAGCUCCGGGACAAAAACGACGAGCUGAGUUCCGAGUUGGAGCUGAUGAGAAGUCGCGAGAAGAGUGACAGGAAGUCGGCGCACGCCGCCGCCGCCGCCGCCGCCGCCGAACUCUGCUGGUCCGAAGCGACAUCUGCCAGCGACUUCGACUCUGACGAUUGCGACACGAUGAGGCGUCUCUCCGCGACCGAGCCGGACGACGCGACCGCGGCCGUCAGCGUCGAGACGGAAUUGGCCGUGGCGAAGCUGAAGCGCGAACACGAGCGUGAGAUGCGGCGGCUCGACAUCCAGACGGAGACGCAGGUCAACUACUACAAGUGCGGUCUGGACAGGAUGAGGCAGAGCACGGAAGCGGAGCGCGAGGCCGUCGCUCAGGCCUUCAAGCUGGAGAUCAGCGAGCUGGAGGAUCAGAAGGUGGAGGCGGAGCGUCAGGCCAAGCUUCUGAAGGAGGCGCUGGACAAACUCCACAAUCGGAUCCAACAUGGCGGACGGUCUGCCGACUCGGAGCGCAGGAUGCGACGGGAGCGAGCCGACUCGGAGCGGAACUUCGCCCGAGAGAUGGGAAACCUGGUCCGGCGGUUGAGCGCUGAGGAGCAGCAGCUGGAGGCGGAGCUUAAGCUCAAGAUGGACCGGGAAGUCAUGGUGCUCAGGACUCACCUGGAGGAGGCGCGCUCGGACAACGUCGCCCUGCGCGAGCGUCUUCGCGUCCCGCAGCAGGAAGUUGCGCAGCUGGACGACGAGGUCGUCAACGACAGGAGGAAGUUGGAGGAGAAGGAGCAACAUCACCAGAGCGGCAGACAGGAAGCGGAAAGGCUCCACAAGGAGGAGCGGCACGAGGAGGCGCCGACGGCCGCGCGGCACAGGACGCGGGAGCUGGAGGCGGAGCUGGACGCUUGUCGCGGCGUUCUGCACGAGAAGCUGCGGCAGCUCCAACGGCAGGCGGCGAACGACGUCAAGUCCGGCGCCAUGUUGAAGGAGCUCUACGUGGAGAACGCGCAGCUGAUGAAAACGCUGCAGCUGACCGAGGAGCGCCACAAAAAGGCCCGCGACGACAACGUCCUGCUGGAGGAGAAGGUGCGCCAACUCAACAAGCUGCUCGCGGACGUCGUGCCGGCCGCGCUGCGCACGUAGGCGCGCGCUCUUCAAUCCACUUUGAUGCUUUUUCACGACCGAUCGAGUUCCUUUAAAUUCGUUUUUUAGUGUCUUGUUGACAAUCAUGUUAAAUAAAUGGUUUUUAGCAGCCCCGUGGGAUACACGCAGCGUUCAUUUGGGCAAUUGCAGCGACUUCCUAGGCAAGCGUCAUUCAAAAAAGCCCAAGGAUUAAAAAAUACAAAAAGGACACUCAGUGGACCGUGUCUUUACAGUUAUUGAUCAAAUUCGCAUAUACAGUACCGUUGUUAUCAAAGGGACAUCAUUGCUUUCAAAAAAGUCCGAUUUUUCUAACUUUCAAAGCCAAAAUGCCGUUACCGUCCGUUGUCCCAAAUGAAGUUUUGUGGUUUGCACCGUUCUGUGAAGAUGCUAACGAUAGUUGGGGAUAUAUGGGAUU